CGAGGCGCAAGCAGGGCGGAGAAAGCAUCGCGACGCCGGCUGGGUGUAGUAUCCGACCAAUAGCGCGCUGAUAAAGCCGGUGGCCUGGGAGGUAUUCGUAUACAUCCGCCAAACCUCUCACAAGCGUAUAAAUCUCUACUGUCAAACUUCUUCACUCAUCGUCAACUUCAAUAUCUCACAUCUACAACCCGCAACUUCAAGCACAAGCCCCAGAGACCAGAAAGAAACAAGCACAAUGGCCGUCACAGAGGAAACCCCAAAGAAGACCGGCCGCGCGCCCUCCUUCUUCGUCUCGCACGGCGCCGGCCCCUUCGCCAUCCUCAACGCCCCCUUCCAGCUGCAGCUCGUCGACCUGUGCGAGAAGACGCGCUGGGUGCUCGAUGGCUGGAAGGGCGUUAUCCUCGUCACGGCGCACUGGGUCACCGACCAGCCGCACAUCUCCUCGGGCCCCAAGCCGCACAUCUACUACGACUACAUCGACGGGCUCGAGGGCAUUCCGCCCGAAGCGUGGGAGAUCAAGUACGAGAGCCGCGGCGACACCGAGGUCGCGCACGAGAUCAAGCGGCGCCUUGACAAGCAAGGCUUCAACUGCGUGCUCGACGACGAGCGCGGCUGGGACCACGGCGUGUGGGUGCCCAUGAAGCUGCUGCGGCCCGACGGCGACCUGCCCAUCGUGCAGGUCAGCGUGCCGGGCAACAUGGGCGAGCGCGAGACGCCCGAGGCGCUCAAGCUCGGCGCUGCGCUCGAGAGCUUCCGCGACGACGGCUGGGUUAUCUUGGGGAGCGGGUCCAGCUACCACAACUUUGAUGCAGUCAUCCCCGCUAUCAUGGGCGUGCCGGGCGCCAAGGACGCACCAGAUAAUAGGCCGUUUGAGGCGGCGUUGCAGAAGGUGGCGUUUACCGAGGAUGUGGAGGAGAGGCGGAGGCUGAUGCUCACGUGGCGGGAUUGGUUUCCGGAAAACGAGGUUGUGCAGCCGAUCGGGAAGGCGGAGCAUUUCAUGCCGUUUAUUGUGAAUAUUGGGGCGAGUGGAGGGGAUAAGGGGACGUUGUUGGGGACGUGGGAUCUUUUUGGGACGAAGAUGACGAGUUAUGUUUGGUAGGGGGCUUGUGCUGGUAGUUCUGGGGUGGAUAUUUGAGAUAGCAUGCUUUUAGGGGGUGUGGUGUCAGAUUCGGAAUUGGGAGUACAGCUAGAUCAUGUUACAUCUAUAAAAAUGAAG